AUGACUUCUUCUUUAUCACUUCCAUCAGCCAUUCAUCCAUCUGAAGUUUCAUCAGCAUUCAAUUUUCAAGAUGUUCCUCUCCUUAUCGACACUGCUUCACCAACAACAAAGCAAUGGGUUAUUGGCUCCACAACUGUAGGGGCAGCAGCAUCAUUUACAUCACCAGGCUAUGACGUUGGAGCCCAAGAAACAACCUCUGUAGCAAACAAUGUUGUGGUAGGUGCAGCGGCGGCAGCAGGUGGUACUACUGUCACUACUGCGACCACUAUCCAGGCAGGUGCUGGAGUUGACGGAGCAUCCGGUACCGGCGUUGCAGGAGCAUCUGGUGUUGGUGUAGCAGGGGUUGCGGUUACUGUUGGAACAGGUGCUGUAGCUUCAGCAGGCUCAAAUGAUGCUACUGGUGCUGCUGGUGCUGCAGCAACCGGUGCGGCAGGUUCCGCUGCUGAUGCCAACGCGUCCCCGACCAAUGUCGUUUCGGUUGCUGUUGACGCAUCUGCUGCUGCUGGUUCUGCUACCAGUACUUCGACUGCCGUUAUUAUUGGCGGCUCUUCUAUUGCCUCUUCAUCACCUCAAGCAUCUCCUAGCGCUUCUGCAGGAUCCGGGUUUAGUUCUAGCUCCAGUUCUGGCUCCAGUUCUAGCUCCAGUUCUAGCUCAAGCUCAGGAUCAGGCGGAUCAGAGGCAGCAGCUGCAGGUUCGGGUACAGGUUCAGGAUCGGCAGCAGCUGCAGCAGGUGACAGUAGCACUUCUACCCUCUCUGCUGUUCCUAUUUCAACAAGCAUCAGUGGAAACACUACUUCACCAACUACCCCAGCGUUGGUUAAUGCUGCUAGCAUUGCAAACAGUCGCAAUUCUGCUUACUUGAUGAAAAUUGUUGGGGUAUCGCUUUCUAUUUCUCUCAUUUCUUCAAUUUUUGCCUCAGUAGCAUAA